GUCUCCAAUGCCCAGAGGGAGAAAACAUUAAAUCUGAUAACGCUGAAAGGGCAUUAUUUACGAUUAUUUAAGCAACUAAAAAUGUAUUCGCCGGAUUCAGAUUCACCGUUUUGCCACCUUGUUCAAAAAACCCUGUUUGACAACGAUCCAAACAACUCGAUUGCAUCGCAACAAAAGCAUUUCCGUGCUCUACGUUCGCUGAGCGCAAUAAACUUCCACAAAGCCCUUGAACAACAUGAUGCUAUUUUGUCCUCUGAAGUGCUUGACGCGACACUAAAAAAAUAUUUUGAAGCUGUUGAUGCCAAAUCGACUGGUCUGAUUUCGACUGUGGUCAAAGAUGCUGUCAAGAAAGUGGAUGGGAAAAUGAAAGUGGACAGAUCUUCCUGGCAGUCUGGAUUAUCUAAUUUAAAAGCUGUUUCUGUGGUUGAAGAAAAGAAGCCAAGUGAAAAGGAGGUACAAGAAUGGCACAGAAAAGUGACUGAGAGUAUGAAACGGGUGCAGCAGAUGAACCUGGGUUGUGAUUCUAUUAGAGCACCUAAGAGGAAGAUCAGUCCAAGUCAGGAAGAUGGACCCGAGUUUCCAGCUCUUCCGCCCAGACCAUCAUUUGAACCGAAGUCAAGCAAGACUUCAAAUUUCGUCCAUCGAGAGCCAAUGUUUGGAAUCCAAAAGGUGGAGCAGCAGAAAAUAGACACCUUUUUUAAAGCUCCUGCGAAACCAAGCCAGUGGAAUAGGCAGAAAAGCUUCGAGUCAGCAGCCCUUGAGGAUGAAGCUCCUCAAUGGACCAAAAACACAAAUUUUGCCAGCUCAAGUACCAGCGAUCAACAGCCCUUGAGUCGUUUUAGUGCAAACCAAAACCAAGUAUCUGCGAGAACCUUCAUUGCACCUUCAGCACCUCAGAGUGCAGCUUUUAAAACAGCCAGAGUAGAACUGGCCGCUCAGAAUAUCAAGAAGUAUGGCCACUCUGGAGGAGUUCUUGAAGAUCCACAACCAAAGAAACGAAGCUUGGGAGGUAGACGAGGCCCUCCUCCCUCCAGCAGUAAUAAGUUUGUGCCUCACAAGUCUGCUUUUGGAGAAGAAUCGAAAUCUGAAGGUGAAAUGGAGGACGAAAUGGACGAGAGGCUUAAGAACAUUGCUCCUGAAAUGAUAAAAAUGAUUCGGAAUGAAAUAAUGGACAUAGGAAAGCCAGUUACAUGGGAUGACAUUGCUGGCCUUGAAUCGGCAAAGAAUACCAUUCAGGAAAUAGUCGUCUGGCCAUUAUUGCGGCCUGAUAUUUUUGCUGGCUUAAGGGGACCACCAAAAGGCAUUCUUCUGUUCGGGCCUCCAGGCACAGGCAAAACCCUGAUUGGAAAAUGCAUUGCGUCGCAGUCAAAGUCAACUUUCUUCAGCAUUAGUGCCUCGUCCCUAACGUCCAAGUGGGUUGGAGAGGGAGAGAAAAUGGUCAGAGCGCUGUUUGCAGUAGCAAGGUGCCAUCAACCAGCUGUGAUUUUCAUAGAUGAAAUUGACUCGCUUCUGUCUUCAAGAAGUGAGACCGAGCAUGAGAGUUCGAGGCGUAUAAAAACUGAGUUCCUUGUCCAGCUAGAUGGUGCCACUACUGCAGAUGAUGAGCGCAUCCUUGUUGUGGGAGCAACAAACCGACCCCAAGAACUGGACGAAGCUGCUCGUCGGCGCUUAGUUAAACGCCUAUAUGUUCCUCUUCCCGAUGCUAAAGCUCGUGGACAAAUUAUUUCAAACCUGAUGGCUAAGCAGAGCUGCAGCCUUACUGAGGAUGAGGUACAUCAUGUGGCGAAGCUGGCUGAGGGUUUCUCUGGUGCCGACAUGCGCGACCUUUGUCGAGAAGCUGCGUACGGGCCUAUCAGAUCCAUCACAGAGACUCAAAUGGAGCACAUCCACGCUAGCCAGGUUCGUUCAGUGACACUAGCAGAUUUCAAGGUGGCUUUGCAGCAAGUUAGGCCAAGUGUGUCUGGAAAGGAUUUGAAGAGUUACGAGGAUUGGAACAAGACCUAUGGCUAUGGAAGCUGAUUUUUUUAAA